GAUUUCACGAGAUAAUGUUUUAUAUUCGAAUAUUCAUUACGUUACUUCUCCAAAGUUAGAUACAAAUCAUACAAAUAUUGCAAUUUUAAUAACAUUUUUAAGACAAAAAUCUACAAAUAAAGUAUACUUUACAUUUAUCAAUUAAUUUUAAUUAUGGACUGACUAUAUAUAGACCGUUCGUCAUCAUUGUAAUAAUAUAAAAAGGAAACUGUUUCUCUUCUCAAGUCUUGAUAAAUUAUUAUAAGAGUCUUUGAAGAAAGAAGAAAUAUGCAUUAUCAAGAACAGAUGGAGUCUCUUAUGUUGGGUGAAGAACGCAGACGCGAAAACUGCGUUAGAGAUGCAGACGCAGACGCAGAUGAAGGUUUAAAUUCUCCCUCUUCUUUUCCAAACUCUCCUGACGAAUCAGACCGUCGCAGUUCUUCUUUAAGGAGAGGAUUGUCAAAACAUUACAGAGGCAAGUCGCAGUCGUUCACGUCGUUAUCAGAAGCGCUGACGGUAGAGGAUCUCGCGAAACCCGAGAAUCCUCUCAACGCAAAACUGAAGCAGCGGCGGGAGAGCUCUCACUGUCGACGAUUAUCCGGUUGCGGCGGUGCAUCGGAGCGAAAUCUAGCUGGCCACGACGCUUUCUUCGGAGGAAACGAUAGGCCGCCGAGGCUUUCCGGUAACAGGCUGCCUCCGAGAGCUCAGACGCUCUCGGCGGCUCACAUAUCGGCUUUGCUCACUCGGACCUAAACCGGAAUUAAAGCUUUUAGUUUUUAUGUUUCGCUAAACCGGACGAUGUUUUCGAGCUUCAGUGUUCUAAAUUGUGUGAGGAUGUAUAAAUUAUAAGUAUUUAGACUUUUCUGAUCGUUUCGUAAUCUUCAGUUUAAUCUGGAAUUAGCUCAAGCUUUACUUCA